AUGAGAGCUGAUGGGGAGGAUGAAAUUACCCUCUUUCGAUGUCUCGACGACAGCAAUCGCUACGCUUUUGAUGACGGAUCGUUGGAUCACUGGCGACAAGUUCUCGUCCGAGUACCGGGAAUAACGGACUUCCGGGGCGUCGGGUACGAUGGAGAUGUCCUCACUUACCAUUCGGGUAAAAACGACGAGGAGAUGCGGGCCCAAUGUGAAGAGAUAGAAGACGAGGAAUCUAGAGGCCUAGCCUUGACAGAGCUAGAGUUUCAAGUUGUGGUGUACCUGCUCGACCGCGAGGCUAUCGAAACGGGUCUGAUCAAGAUGCUUUGGUUGGACGAGCACGGAAACAGUGCUUGGGAGAACCGCGUGGAGCCCUCUAGUCUAAAUUCGCUUUCUGGGGCCUUUAUGAAUGGCAUUCGUUUAGACGAAAUUAUGGGUGGAAAUUCCGGCCGAGGGUCCUUGAUAAGUAGAUAG